AUGGCGGGGGGCAGAGGGGACAAGCGGGUGGACAUGGACAUGGGGGCAUCACACCAGUACCACCAGUGCCACCAGUACCACCUCCAGUACCACAGUGACUCCAGUCACCCUGCAUCCAGUCACACCAGUGCCACCAGUGCCACCAUUACCACCAGUGACUCCAGUCACCCUGCAUCCAGUCACACCAGUACCACCAGUGCCACCAGUACCACCUCCAGUACCACCAGUGACUCCAGUCACCCUGCAUCCAGUCACACCAGUACCACCAGUGCCACCUCCAGUGCCACCAGUGACUCCAGUCACCCUGCAUCCAGUCACACCAGUACCACCAGUGCCACCUCCAGUGCCACCAGUGACUCCAGUCACCCUGCAUCCAGUCACACCAGUACCCCCAGUGCCACCUCCAGUGCCACCAGUGACUCCAGUCACCCUGCAUCCAGUCACACCAAUAACACCAGUACCCCCAGUGCCACCUCCAGUGCCACCAGUGACUCCAGUCACCCUGCAUCCAGUCACACCAGUACCACCAGUACCCCCAGUGCCACCUCCAGUGCCUCCAGUGACUCCAGUCACCCUGCAUCCAGUCACACCAGUACCACCAGUACCCCCAGUGCCACCUCCAGUGCCACCAGUGACUCCAGUCACACUGCAACCAGUCACACCAGUACCACCAGUGCCACCAGUGACUCCAGUCACCCUGCAUCCAGUCACACCAAUAACACCAGUGCCACCAGUGCCACCUCCAGUACCACCAGUGACUCCAGUAACCCUGCAUCCAGUCACACAAGUACCACCAGUGCCACCAGUGCCACCUCCAGUGCCUCCAGUGACUCCAGUCACCCUGCAUCCAGUCAAACCAGUAACACCAGUAACAACUCCAGCACCACCAGUGAUUAUAGCAGCACCAGCAACAGUGGCACCAGUAACACCAGUGACUCCAGUAACAGCGGCACCAGCGCUCCCAACCCCCUCCAGUCCCCUCCAGUGACACCA